AUGAACCCUGAUGAAAUAAAUGAAGUUCUCGACUACUCAGAUGAUGAUAAUUUUGGUUCUGACGAUGGUUUUUCGGUUUUUGAUGACACUGAUGAUGAUCCUGAUUUUCGAAUCGAUUUGGAUGAUUCUACACACUCAGUCAACAACUCUGGUAGUGAUUUUGAAUCAAAUUUCAACUUAUUAGAUUCAAACGAAGAAACACCUCAACCUCCUGCUUCAUCAACACCAACAAUACAAACACCAGUUUUUCAAGGAUCAAAUAUAAGAGUUACAUCUACGGUUCACGAUUAUGGCAACAAUAUAAUAUGGUGUAGUAUUAUGCGAAGUAAUAAUUUAGUAUAUAAUCCAACAGGUCAAGUUGUUGGUAUAAAUCCUGACCUUAUUGAAUGUUUAACUAAUGGCAGUCCUUAUGUUUUUUAUUCUUUAUUUGUUGAUGAUACUAUAAUUGAUAUGCUGGUUUUAGAAACAAACAGGUAUGCUUCUCAAUUAAUUAGUACUCCUCAUAAGUCAAAAUCUCGUUUAACUCGUUGGGAAAAUGUUACAAAAAAAGAGAUGCUGACUUUCCUUGGUAUUUGCAUGUGGAUGGGUUUAACCACAUUUCCUUCUAUUGCAAGUUAUUGGUCAAAAAAAAAAAUGUAUCAAUCCAGUAUUCCUGAAUACAUGUGUAGGAAUAGAUUUGAGCUACUAUUAAGAACAUUUCAUUGCUCAAAUAAUGUUGAGUGUCCUAAAGGUGACAGACUUUUUAAAGUGAGAGAUCUAAUUGAUUCUUUAAUUGAUAAAUAUAAAUGUGCUAUGAUACCUGAGGAACACAUGUGCAUAGAUGAGUCAAUAAUACCAUUUGUUGGACGUUUAUCCUUUAGACAAUAUAUAAAAAACAAGCACCACAGAUAUGGUAUUAAAAUUUUUAAACUGUGUAUACAAGAUGCAUACACCAUAGGAUUUAGAGUUUAUACUGGCAGAGAAGCAGAGCCUGGAGUUGAAGUAUCAACUAAAAUAGUGAUGGAAAUGUCAGAAGAAUAUUUAGAUUUUGGCCGUACCCUUUAUACUGAUAAUUGGUACACCAGCAUUAAUUUAGCUCACAAACUUUUAUCAAGAUCUACUAAUUUAGUUGGUACAUUAAGAGCAAAUAGAAAGCAUAAUCCACAAGAUGUUGUAAAACACAAACUUAAAAAAGGGGAAAUUGUGGCUCAAAAAAGUAAUACAGGAAUAUUAAUUUUGAAAUGGAAAGAUAAAAGGGAUGUUCUUAUGUUAUCCACUAAACAUGAGGACAAUAUUAGGCAAAUACAAACUAAAAUAGGAACUGAAAUUGGAAAGCCAGAAGUAGUUUUGGACUAUAAUCGAGGAAAAGGUCUAGUUGAUGUGAGUGAUUUAAGAUCUUCUUAUCACACUCCUCUUAGGCGAUAA